GAAUUUUUGCAAGGUAGCAAAAAUCUGUGCUUAACGUUUAAUAGAUCAAUGGAAAACGCAGACGAAACUGAUGAUGACGUGUGUGAUGUAUCAUAAAAUAUGCAAAUGAGCUUCUGUAUUUCUUAAAUAUCUACUUCAUCGUGUCAUAUAUACAUAUACUUCAUGUAGACGAAACUUGAGUUAAAACUAGUCGUAUAUUGAGUUAUAACUAGCCGUAUUUCAGUUAAAACUUAAGUCGUAUGCUCAAUUAAGCGGAUGUUAUAAGGAAGGGAGUGUUAUAAAAAUAGCGACAUACAGAUAACCAAAACUUCAAAAUGGCUGCUGUAACAACAAGGUCAAAGACAAGACAUCAACAUGAAAACGGCGUGUCUAGUGCGCAUGUCACUAAAAAUGUCAGGAAAAAUGAAGUCACGCCUCAAAGUUAUGAUGUCAUUUCAAAUAGUUUUAACAGCUACAAGGAAAGUUAUGAAACAAUUGGGAAUUCAGAAGUUGGCCAAAAGAUUCGUCAUUUCUUAAACAAGCUGUUUUUCCCAGUAUGUCUCGUUUCAACGACUCCGUUGAUCGUAUUUAUAUGUUGGUAUACAAAUAUACAUUGUAACGGAAGUUACACAGAAAUGUUCACCAGAUUACGGAAUGGGUCUGUUUAUUUCAAUCUAUUAGAAAUAUUGAGAAGCAUCAGUAUUAUCAACAGUUUCACGGUGGGUGUUGUCUUUGGAUAUUUCGCGUGGGCUGUCUUUUGGAUGCGUGUUCUACCUGGGAAGAGUGUAACGGGUCCAGUGACACCAAACGGUAACGUUCCAGUCUAUAUUGACAAUGGAUUUUUGCACUAUAUCAUCACAAUGCUUGGAUUUUGUGUGCUAACAAUUGGACUUAAAAUGUAUGGCAUGACGCCAACUGUUGUCUAUGACCGCUUUGGAGAACUUCUGGCAUUUAUGAUAUGUUUUGCCUUGGUGUUUGUCCUUAUCCUGUAUUUCAAAGGCGUGUUUGCACCAUCAUCUACGGACAGUGGCAGAACUGAUGGCGGUUUUAUCUUUGAUUAUUAUUGGGGAACAGAGCUUUAUCCCCGGAUAUUUGGAGUAGAUGUAAAAGUAUUUACAAAUUGUCGCUUUGGUAUGACAGUAUGGCCGUUAUUAGUGUGUAUAUACGCCCUGAAAAGCUACGAACUUUACGGAUUUGUGGACAGUAUGUUUGUAACAACUGUCCUACAACUUGCUUAUAUUACCAAGUUUUUCAGGUGGGAAGCGGGCUAUAUGCAAACAAUUGAUAUUAUCCUAGACAGAGCCGGGUUCUAUAUAUGUUGGGGAUGCUUAUGCUGGGUACCAGCUAUAUAUCCGCUUGUUAGUCAGUAUCUUGUUAGCCAUCCAGUGCGACUAGGUCCAUUAUGGGCUUCCGUAAUUUUGUGUCUUGGACUGGUUUCUGUUCUUGUCAACUAUCAUGCCGAUUUACAGCGCCAGGUUGUCCGAAAAGCAGAUGGCAACUGUUUGAUAUGGGGGAAAAGGCCUGACAUUAUAAGAGCUAAAUACACCAUUGAAAGUGGAGAAGAAAGAGAAAGCAUUUUGUUAGCCUCGGGUUGGUGGGGAUUAUCAAGACAUUUUCAUUAUAUCCCAGAAAUCCUCCUGUCCUUCUUCUGGACUUUACCAACGGGAUUUGUGCACAUGCUGCCGUACACCUACGUCAUAGUGUUAGUUUUCCUUCUAACACACCGAAGUUUUCGGGAUGAAAAUAAGUGCUCUAGAAAAUACGGGAAAUAUUGGCAGAAGUAUUGUGCGAAAGUCAAGCACAGAAUAGUGCCAUUUCUAUUUUAAAAUAAAUAUUCUUAAUAAUAUGAAACUUUGUACAUAAACUUUGCGCUAGAAAUGUAAAGACACUGAUCUUAAUUUUUUUUCGGUUUUAUGUGUAAAACAAAAAAAGACUGAUCGUAUUUAGCGGAUAGUCUUUGUGUCCUCUAACCGGAAAAUAUUUAUACGUGCUUGAUACAUGGUAGCUUCUGGUGAAUUUUAGGUGCACAUUUGAAAAUGUAUGUCUGAGCACAUUUCAUACUUUAUCACACGCAAAAAACUGUUAAAUGCCAGUCUUUCUUUGGAAAAA